AUGAGUAUUGUAAAUAAUAUAGAAUUAGGGAUAGAUCCCAAUGGCUGGCGAAUCAAUUGUUGUUCGUUCCAACAAGAUGCAAUUCUUACCUUUGGAAGAUAUCAGUAUGUAUCUUUGUAUGUUCCAAGCUACAAAGAUGAUCCUAGUAGUAGUAGAAUGACAACAAUCGGAAGAAGAAAGUUACCGGAUGGACAAUGGAAGUUUUUAACUUUCAGGGAUUACUACCAAAUAAAAAAUGACGGCCAUAACAUUAUAUCUAUGGGCAUUAGUGGUGACGGAAUAAUACAUAUGGCUUGGGAUAUGCAUGGAGACGGUAUUCACUAUAGACAAUCGAGAGAAAGAUUAGCAUUGUCUGAGACUGAAGAAGAUUGGUGCAUUUCAUCUUUCGGCAAAGUGUUGGACUCAUUACAGGGUCAUGGUAAAGAAUACGUCUUUCAUGAAAUCACAUACCCAAGAUUUUUGACUUUACCGUGUGGAGAUAUUCUUCUAGAAUUUAGGGUUGGUAGGUCAGGACUUGGAGACGAAUACCUUUAUCGAUUCUCAAGUACAACUCAUACCUGGUAUGAAGUAGUUACUCCAUUAAUUCAAGGUGUUGGAAAUAACGCUUAUAUUCAUGGACUUGACUACGGUACUGACAAAAAGCUACAUAUGAGCUGGACUUACCGUGAUUUUAUUGAAGACAGAGUUGGAGUUAAUGAUCGUGAAACCUCACAAGCUGGUCCAAAUGGUCCUGAAAACAACCACGAUUUACAUUACGUAUACUCGCCAGAUGAAGGUUGUACUUGGUACAACGGCAAACAUGAGAAGUUAAAUCUUCCUAUUAAUGUGUCUUCUCCGACUUUAGCUAUUAAAAUUCCAAAACAUUCUGGAAUAAUGAACCAAGAGGGACAAUGUGUUGAUGGCAACGGAGGAUUUCAUGUUCUCGGAAGAGAAAAUGGUUAUUAUUUUCAUUAUUAUCUUAACCCAAUUAAUGGACAAUGGUUAAGAAGAAAGAUUAACAAUUACAUAGGAAAAUUAUUUGGUGCCAGAGGGAAAAUAGUUUGUCAUAAUUCGAAUCCUAAUGCUAUACAUGCCCUAAUUCCAUUGGAUGGAGAGAAAUUUGUUAUUUUAAGGUCACAGGUCCAAGAUGAAAAGAAUCUAAUUUAUAGUGGAAGUAACAUUGAUUGGAAAAUACUACAAACUUUCGAAGGUUUAGAUGGAGAACCAUUAUAUGACCGAUACCGAAAAGAUAAUAUUAUUUCUAUUCUACAAAGGGUGGGAAUACACUAG